UUCCUGAAAACGUUAUCCCGCCUAUUUAUUAAACACUAAACAGCGGUAGUGCGGUACUCCCUGGACCUUCAUCUGCCUAGUUAUCCUAUAUUAACGUCACAUUAACUGUGUUUCUUUUAGCUUGAGAAAUAAUGGCUAUAACUUCAGAUCACAUUCGUGAUAAGCUAAUCAAGGAGAUCGGUGCUGUGCAUGUGGACGUUGAGGACACUUCCCCCAAUAGAUGUGCGGCCAGCUUUAAAGUCCUUAUAGUUUCUCCUCAAUUUGAAGGUAAACCUCUGUUGCAGAGACACAGGUUGGUGAAUACAUGUCUGGCUGAAGAGCUAAAAGAGAUCCACGCCUUCGAGCAGAAGACACUGACACCAGAACAAUGGGAGAAACAGAAAGCACCGUGAUGAAGACACAUGCAGGCAGGGAAUAGAGAAUACAGUAUACCGUUUACAGUAAAUACUGGCUUUAUACUGGUAAAGACUAUAAGAGCCGGAUGAGUAAAAUUGUCAUGGAACCAGUGGCUCUUCCUUUUUAUGACGUUGACAUUCAAAUGCCUUACUAUGUAUAUGUAAAAGCAGCUGACUCACUAAAAUAGGUGCGUUAACAUCAAUGAUACAUAAAUGACGAUAAUGAAAAAAUUGCUGACAAUAAACAUUACCUGGCAAACUUUU